AUGUCUGCUGGUAUCGUAUAUCAAGGAAUUCCCGGAGGCAGCGGGGGUACCUUGUUCAAGGGCAAAAGGUUUUGGGUCGCUCAUCGCGUCCCGAAUAGAGCCACGGUGAUCCAAAACAUCGAGAACAAUGGAGGCGAGGUCGUCAAGCUGGAAAAAAAUGCAGAUCAUCUGAUUGCCGACCACGCAAGAACGGAUGUACCCCCCGGCUCCUACUCCUGGCAAUUCAUCCAAGAGUCUGUUGAGAAUGGACGCCUUCAAAAUAUUGAAGAUUACCAAAAUGUCCGACCAACUGCUGAACCAAGACCUGUGGGCUCCUCCCAGAUCCCGCAGAAGGGGACCAGGACUCCAUUCACCCCCGAGGAUGACCGGAUUUUGAUGGAAUGGGCAACGAGGCACGAAAAAGGGGGCAACGCCUUAUCCGGACAUGUCAUAUACAAGAAGCUAGCAGAAAAGUAUCCCCACCAUACCUAUCAGUCUUGGCGAGACCGCUGGGUGAAGAAAUUAUCACACGUACCACGAUCAAGUGUGCCGGAUGAUGAAGGUUCUCCGUCUGGGGGCGCACCCGCGGCGACGCCCGUUGCUGCACUUGGAUCAGCUCCAUCCCCGUCAGCGGGUCGCGCAACGCCCACUUCUUCCCAGCCAGGAACCCAAAAUUCACGCCCCUCGGGUGGGCCAAGCCCAGGCAGUGCUCGCGCUACCAGGGCUAAAUUCAGCGAGGAAGAAGAUCAGCUACUUAUUGAUUAUAUCAGGGAAUGUAAGGAAAAUGGGAAGCGUCUUUCGGGAAACACAAUCUACCAAGAAUUGGCCGAAGAUUUUCCUCAGCACACGGCGCACUCCUGGAGGGAUCGGUAUCUCAGACACUUGAAGCCUCGCGUGGAGCACGACGAAGAACCGCGGCUUGAGUUGUCCAGAGCCGAACAGCGGGCCGAGCAGUCUAGGAAAGCCGCCAAGACCAGAGUUUCUGCUCUACCAGCCAUUCAAGAAGCGUUCCAGCGAGCACCAGCUGGUUCUUCGCGAAUCAACACGGUUGGGCAUGUCCAGCCCGCUCCUAAGUUACAGGUGGUCAAUGUAGCAAAGGGGAGCUUCCAUGUCAAGCAGGCAACCUCAGUUGAGACGUCUUCGAAAGGUGCCCAUUUUACAAAUUCGGCACAGAAAGCGAUUGAGGACAAUGAGCUGGACACCGAUGGAGAAGAGGAUCCAGAUGAGCUCGAUUCAGAAGGCGGCAAAGGGACACUAGAUGGGCUAGAUGAAAAGGGCCAUAACGUGGCACUUGAUGAGUCAGAUCCCGAGGUUGAAGAGGGGGCACCAGAUGGACCAGAUGCAGAGGGUGACAACGCGGCACUAUACGAACCAAAUGCAGAGGGCGACAACAUGGCGCUAGAUGAUUCAGACGCAGAGGCUGAAGAGGAUCCCUCGAUAGGAACAUAUCGUGCAAAACAACAACAACAACAGUCCAAUGCAACACCCAGAUCAAGGCCUUCACAGCAAAUUACUCACCCGGCAGCUAGUUCCACUUUCCAUACGGGAUACAACCCAAAUAAGGAGCAGUUCUACAAAGAUCUCCAGGUCUACUUAGCAAACGACACCCAGGCACGAUUGCAGAGUAUUUGGCCGACGGUACGAGGGCGUACAUUUGAAUUAUGGGAUCUGUGGCAGGCAGUCAUGUCUCAAAAGGUUGAUCCUGCAGAACGCGAUUGGCAACAAAUAUCGGAAUUGUUGUAUUACAAUUGGGUUCAGUACCCAACAGUGCCGGACGAGAUCCGGAAUUGCUACGAUGUACAUCUUUCCGGAUUUGAGGAAGCAUUGAUUGCCUUUGACGAGAACAGCGACGAAGAGGAAGAUGAAGAUGAAGAUGAGGACACGGUCGUGCAGGAGCCAGCCGCUAUCAAUGAACACGAAGAGGAGACUGCAAACAUGGCGUUGGCUUUCACCUCUUCCCCGCCAAAACAAGCAUCGUUAAAGCGCAGCUUCAAUGCUGUUGGGUCGUCUGAUCAUAUCCACGCCGAAACGCCCCGCAAACACUUUAAGUUCACCAGGAGUAGUGUCAUCCCGUCAACCCCCGAUGCAGUGAACGGAACAGCUCGCCUACGCCCUUCGCUUAGCGCAGCGGUAUCACCUGCAGAUUCAAGACACACGUCACUACCUCGAUCUUCGCGGUCAACUAAGAGCAACCGUAAGGGGAAGCAAGUUGCCACCGAAACAGACCGUGCAGAAGACAGCCGAGUAUUACAAUUGCCUAAUAACGUACAUACACGAAAGCCGGCACUUGAGCCAGAGACUCAAGAUUUCCGAUUCGAAGAGACACAAAAUGUUGAAUUCAACACACCAGUGGAAGAACAGUCGCAGACUGGCAUCACGCCCUCGCAGCAGCUUCGAUUAGAGUCUGAUGCUCAACCAUCAGAAUAUCAGCCUUCUCCUCAUGUGACUAGAACUCAACUAUCUCCUGGGCAGACCACUCCCACUCCCAAGAGAAAAGCCCAGCCGCCGUUUCUGCUGGAUGAGAACGAUGAAGAGAACGCAGUAACGCCAAAGCCUAGAUUUGGCAAAGGCCCCAACCCUGCGCUAUCAGUGACACAGUCCACAAAACCAAAGCGCCGCACUUUGCCAGCAUCGUUCUCCCCACGUUAUCAGACUAAGUUGGCACCGCUAACAGCGCAGACACAACUUGAGCACUCCUUUCCACCUAAUUCCACAGCUGAGAGCUCACGCGCGGAGCAGUCAGAUUCCAAACCAUGUCCAACUCAAACCCCGAAGCAAACAAGUGUUCGUCCACAUGAGAAUAUCACACCAGCGCCAUCUUCUUCGGUCCCAUCCAAGGGUGCUAAAUUCAUCGAUAUCGUGGAGUAUUACAUGUCUUUAGGCUAUCCGCAACACAUUGCACGUCGCAGCCUUGAUGCCACGUCGUGGAAUAGGGGCUUGGCUGGCGAGGUGAUGGAGAAUCUCAAGAAGGGAAAUGGGCUGCCAACGAACUGGGAGGGUGUAUGGACGGAACGCGACGACGAGAGCCUGAGAUUGAUCGACUCAGUUGAGCCCGCAAAAGAUCAGAAAGAGGCGAAGAAACGACAGAAGGAGACUAAGCGAUUACUUACCAAGCAUGGUGAAGCGCAUAUUGCAUUGAGGAGAAAAUGGUUGAAUACUGUAAUUGACGAGCCGUGA